AUGAUGGUCGAUGUCACCAAGACAGCGGCCAACCGGCUGAUGAUGUCUCUGCAAGCCGAAGCCCUCACCAAGGGCUACAUGGGCGAGGGCGGACCGCCCAGCGCCGGCCCCGCCGACACCGCCCUCAGCGCCCUGCAGAACCUGCAGCCUUGGGCGGGGCCGUACAGCGCGCCCCAGCCCGCCCUGGCCGAGUCCAUGUGUUGA